AUGGCAGCUCUCAUCGGUGCAGGCAGCAUAGCGGCGGCGAAUCCUUCCUACAGCGUCCGACCGGCGGUGCCGCCUCGGAAGCUCACCGUCUCCGCGUCGGGACCGUCCGUUGUCUCUGGUUCGCCUUCAGCUUCCUUAUCGUGGAGUUUAGACAGCUGGAGGUCGAAGAAAGCGUUGCAGAUCCCUGUUUACCCGGACGCGGAGGCCCUGGAGUCGGUGCUGCAGUCGCUGGAGAGGUACCCGCCGCUGGUGUUCGCGGGGGAGGCGAGGAAGCUGGAGGAAAAGCUGGCGGAUGCAGCGGUAGGGAAGGCCUUCUUGCUCCAGGGAGGGGACUGCGCCGAGAGCUUCAAGGAGUUCAAUGGUAACAAUAUCAGGGACACGUUCAGGGUUUUGCUGCAGAUGGCAGUGGUUCUCACAUUCGGGGGGCAGAUGCCUAUCAUUAAGGUUAGAUCUCUCCCGGUCUCUGUUCUUUAGUUUUUUUAUGGAAUUUCUUUUCUUUUCGACAAAGGCAGUCUUCCCUUUAGUAUCCUCCUGGAUCAUUCUUUUCUGGUGUGUACUGAAACAGAUAGGCCCGCAAUAAUUUGACGAUUAUCCAGCGUGUGAUUGAAGUAUGUCUGAAAAAUGAUCGAGACUUGAUCCCCAUGGAAAAAUAAUGUGAUCAAUAUGUUAUUUUUUUCGUUCUGAUAUGGUUGAUGGUUGAUGACUGAUGAUGAAUGCUUGGGGAAGUCAUUCUUUCUGUCCUACGAUCUUAAUCUCCGUUCACUGUUCACUGUUCACUGUUCACUGUUCACUAUUCACUAUCUCUCAACAAUCAUCAGUCAUGGCUACCUAAUUUUGUUUUAUGCUGAAUUUGUGAAAUUGUAAGGUAUUGGAGUAAACAAAAGUUUCCAAUUUGGCUGCCAGCAUGUUAUGGACAUGACUAAGAACAUCUUGCAAAUGGCGUUAGCAAAGGAAGGUUUGGAGUUUCUUAUUCCAUCUUAUAGUGUCAAAAUACCGAAGAUUACUCUGAGUCACCAUGCUCACUUAUUAGUGAUGAUGAUCUGGUUAGAACGAUUGUUAAAGGCAGGACUUAAUCUGUCCUUCGGGUAUAGUGAUAGAACUUAUUUCCUUUAUUUGACAUGGGUUUUUAACAAAUCUAGUUAACAGGGCUGAUAGAACUGCGUUUGAGAGGCGCCAAAUCUGCUAGCUGAAUCUAAUAGCGGUGAUGUUUAAGGAAAUAAUCUUCUUUUAGUCUUUUCCGAUUUAAAAGCUACCGUUGUAAGUCUGGUACUGUAAUACUGCCUUUAGAUUUUCGAAGCACAGCUUUCAUGAUGACUAAACCAUUGUUCCACCACGUGACUGUUAUGUGAUGCAAUCCCUUGUUUCAGUAGUGAUAGCAUAUCUGUAAACACGUCUUCUGUUGUUAAUUGCAGUGAGUGGGCAUUUUGAUCCUACCGUUUUAAUCUAACUGAAUAUUGACUUAGUAUGCCCCUCCUUGCCAAAGCCAUGGCCGUGCUUACUUUUUGUUUACCUAGACCAAAAUAGUAUGCAAUGUUGAUAACAAGUUUCUUGAGCAACAAGAAGAAUACCACUAGUGCAGUUUUUGAUUCUCAUAAAGUGUGAUUUGUAUUUUUCUACCUAUGAUAAUUGAGAAAUGCCUCCCUAUCAUGAUGAUUUGAACUAUAGAAAGAUUGAGUUGAGUCACUGUUUGUUCUCCUGUGACCAGACUUUGGCCUUAGAAGAUCAUUGAACUUACCAAGAAAUUAAAAUUGUCUUUAUAGUUUGUAAGUUUUACAGUUACCUUUUCAUAACUUUUCAGUCAUGCUUAUGUUCCACUCAAAAUUGUCAAAACACUAGGUAAUGUAUUGUCCUUUAUUUAAAAUCUGUUUUAACCAUCAAUCAUGUUUGGUGUACAAAAUGUUUUUUUGUCUUUUGUGGUUCCAAGCUUGUUCGUUGUCUUAUGAAUGAAAUUUACCACGAAAUAAAUUGGCAAUUCAAUACUCACGAUCUCAAUGAAAUAAAUGAUUAAGUAGUACACCAAAAUUAUUUGCCCACAAUCUCAAAGGCACUACCAUUUUAUUGACAACUUAAGUACUUGAAAUAACUUUUUUCAAAAAAUUUUACUGCCAUAAUCUUCAGGAUAUCAGCACCACAUUUAUGAUAAUAGUCAACUAAGAAAUACUAAAUGAACAUAAAAUAUAAUUUUAUGAUGCUUAGGUUAUAUUUUUGUUUUCUUUUUUUGCUACUCCAAUAGUAGCAGAUAGAUCCUAUAUAAUGUCUGCAUCUCAGCAUCUUCAUGAACUCUACUGUUUUUCAUCUUCCUUGGAAUUAUAGAUCAAGUUUAGUUAGUCAUCUUGCAUCAGCCAAUCUAGAGGAAGAACAUUGAAAAAUAAUGAGAAAACAAGCCAUGUUAUGAAAGUGAAAACUGUCACAACUUCACGAUUGGUUAUUGUCCAUCUCUAUGCUUUGCUGUCUUUUGAAGUCAACAUUGUUUUGGAUUUGGAUAUUUAUCAUACAUCAUUCAAGUUAGUGAAAUAAUAAUUGAAAGGGACUGGAAAAUCAAAACUAUUUUAAGAAUGUUUUGGUUUCUGUCUCUAGUUCAUCAAGUAUUUCUAAACUAUUUUGUAAGUAAAUUACAGAAACAUGUACGCAAUGGUUUAUACAUCGUUGCCUCUUAUUGCCCUGUCAACAGUUGAUAGAAUGAUUUUGUAAUCGUUUUUAGUCCUUCGAAAAUUUUCUAUGGUUUUUGUUUUUAUAUUUUCUGCAACUUCAUUAUUAUAACGCAUUGCUAGUGCCCUCUCCAUUGCUGAACUUCAAGGUUUUUUUUCCAGCUUAGGGAUGUUAUUGAUUUUAUUUUGCUUUGUUUUACGUUACUAUUCAAGUUUCACACAAAAUAAAAUUUCUUCAGUUUUUCUUGAAAUUGGUAUUUUUUUACGCUUAUCCUACAUAUAACCUUUUUAUUAUUCGUUUAAGAAAAUGUGAAAAGUCGCAAAUAAAUGAGGUCUUACCUGGAUGGUUGUUUUGUUUAUUUGUUAUUUACACGGGAACAAUGCUUUCUUACCAAGAAAAUUGUUUCAAUUAGUUAAUUUUCGUUGACAACUCGAAUAACAUUUUCCUCUCUAAUAUCUUUUACAAUUUUCUUUCCCGUAAAGUCGAUCAUAUGGCAUUUCAUUAUCCAAUGCAUUAAUUAAUUGUUUCAUACAGAUUCGUCAACUGCAUGAAAUAUGGGCGAAUGAUUAGGACGUUUGCUACAAUCCAAUUUUAUCACUCCACGUUUGUAUGACAAAACAAACGUGGUGUAAAAGAAUCUUUAUUCUUACAAUUAAUGAUAAAUAAUCUUUAUCUUUUUUAUUAUUAUAAUAAUAAAUCUUUAUUUUCAUGGUGCAAUGCUUGCAUUAUCUUAUUACAUUUUUGAAAAAGAAACUUAAUAGUUUGUGAAUGUUUUGAGACGUACUUAAUCCUUGUUUGAUAACUUCUGGCAUAAUUUCAUGUUUAUUGAUCAAGUAGCGUUAUCUAAAAUUCUGCCUUGUAAAACGAUCAAGAACGUAUUUGUUUAUGUUUAUCGUCUUUUUCAGUGCAUCCUGCUGCGUACUGUUUUAUUGUUGCCUUUUAAAUUGACUUACUUUAUCCUAGCAUAUAUAAUGAUUGAACUAAUGGCUGGUACACUAUUAUACUUAGUACUAAUACAUUGGAAGAAUCAUCUUCUAUGUUUUCUUGUAUAUUAUUUUACUUCAGACGUAUUUGUAAUAAAGUUUGGAAGCCCAUCUUUUCCAAUUUGAUCUGAUUUCUGUCGCUGCACCACAUUUUACAGUGAAUAUUUGAGGCUAAACUUUUUUUUUUCACUUGGACAUUCGUCAAAAGUUCAAUCAACAUCGUUGUGUUGACCUUAUACAACAUCGCCAAAGAAUUUAAUAACGUCAAUCCUAGUGUUUAGUAGUGAAAGUUUUUCAUAUUAUUCACAUUCUCGGAGUCAUCCCGACAAUUACUCUUUCACUCUAGAAAAAAAAAUCCCUUCUUUGGACUGGCUUUUAUCAACGCAGUGGAUUUCUAAAUAUUAAUUCAAAACGUACGAACAUAGAAUCAAAUAAUCAGACCAAGGUUUUUGGUUUAGAUAACUUCAAUUUUGCACACUCCAACUCUGAUGAACAAAUUUACUGCUACGGGGAAACAAUUACAAAAACUGAGAAAAAACCCUCUAAAAUCCUUCUCUACUCGUCUGACAAAAUGCUUUACAGGUAUGAGAAGAAAACUGGGAUACCAAGUUUAUUUCCCCGUCCCUUUCGUUGCCUGCAUAAUAAUGUGUCCAGCUUCUAAAUUCUUUUUCUUCUGUCCAUUGGCCCAUGUUUUAUUAAAUUUUAGCCUUUUUUUAAGAUCAUCUAGUUCUCUCUGAUGUUAUUGUUUAAGUAACAUAUUGUUUCCUUCCGUAUGACAACAACAUAGUGAAUCAUUUGUUGUAGUUGCUCAUGUUCUUCCACUUUCCUUGUGCCACCUAUCCUUGAAUACUUGUCCUUCCAAAGCCUCAAUUCUUUCCCUUCCCCUGUUGAAAGUGUGUUUCAGUUGAAAGAAAUUCUGUGAUCAGAUCAGAAACUGUGUUGAAAGAAACUUGAUUUUUUUCCAACCAGGAUGUAAGAGUCAUCUAGCAGAGGAUAAAUACUUAUUCUCUUCACCACAUCAGAAAUAUUUUACCAGCAAAACUUCUGUCCACAGCAAAUUUCUCCUCCCCUAUAUGCCAUAGUAGCUUUGCCAGUAGAUCCAUAUUGCUUAUAUCUCAAUUAAUUAGACUCUCUACCUUUUCUUCCUUUGGUCUGCAAUUCCUUUUCCACUUCAUCAAGAGUGUAUUCACCCAUCUAGAAGUUCCAGUGGUUUCAGUACUUCUCCUCAUGGGCUUAGGAUUUUAGAUAUAUGGUGCUAGAGACGACACCACUGAUCAUUAGAACAAUAUCAGUGGCGAUGGCUACGUUUAUAGCCCAAUCCCAUUAACAUGUCGACGCUGACUUUUGCCAUAACUUGUUCCUUGGGAUGCCAUUUUGUAUUGAAUUAUUUUGUUCAUUGAUCUAUUGGUCUUUUGAUGCUUAUUUGACUUUAUUAACUGAAGUUAUCCAUGGCGAAGAGAAGAUGUGACAAACGUAGAUGAGUUAGAUUUAUGUAUCCUGCUCUUUUAUGAUUGAACGGAUCACUCGUAAAGGAUGUACAUUGGUCGGGGAAACUUGUUUUAUUUGCUGGCCAUAGAAAAGCCAGAAUUGGUCAUGAGAUGCAUCUAGUCUUAUAUAAUAUUUUUAUCACUGUGCAUCAUCUCUACUCUCAUUGGAAUGAUCUUCAGCUAAAUCUCUUAUCCUCGCUUUUCAUCAGGUUGGAAGGAUGGCUGGUCAAUUCGCAAAGCCCAGAUCUGAUUCCUCUGAGACAAGAGAUGGGGUAGAGCUACCUUCAUAUCGGGGAGACAACAUCAAUGGUGAUUCUUUCGAUGAGAAGUCUCGAAUUCCAGAUCCCCAGAGACUGCUCAGAGCCUACAGCCAAUCUGCUGGCACCCUGAAUCUUCUCCGGGCGUUUGCCACCGGCGGCUAUGCAUCUAUUCAGAGAGUCACCCAGUGGAACCUUGAUUUUCUGCAGCAUAGUGAGCAGGGUGACCGGUCAGUGCCUCACUUAGAAUUAGAAUUUUCCUUUUCAUGCAUGCAUCCAAUGGGUACCCCUAAUCUUCUACGAAUUUAUACAUAUAUGAAAUAUGAUAUGAUGGAGUUAUAUACAUAUGUUCAUAUGCAUGCAUAUGUAUAAAUCCUGAGUUGCUAUUGGUUGUGGGCAGAUACAUGGAGCUGGCACAGAGGGUGGAUGAGGCGAUUGGAUUCAUGACAGCUGCCGGUCUGACUCUGGAGCACCCCCUGAUGACCACAACUGACUUUUGGACUUCCCACGAGUGCCUUCAUCUGCCAUACGAGCAGGCGCUGACAAGGGAGGACUCGACCUCCGGCCUCUAUUACGACUGCUCAGCUCACAUGCUUUGGGUUGGCGAGAGGACCCGGCAGCUGGACGGUGCCCACAUCGAAUUCCUUCGCGGCGUGGCAAAUCCCCUGGGCAUAAAGGUAAUUAAUCCCAUACUGAUAGACCUUUAAACCAUUAGCUUGUUUUCUUUAUAAGCCUACAUAAAUAGACAAGAAAAAAAAACAAGUUCUUUCGUGAAUUGAUCCAAAAGGCACGACCCACCAUCUGUUCCUGAUCUUGUGGAUGUCUACUCGUCACUACUUGCAUAGGUGAGCGAUAAGAUGGACCCAUCUGAACUAGUGAAGCUGUGUGAGAUCCUCAAUCCUCACAACAAGCCCGGGCGGCUGACCGUAAUCACGAGGAUGGGGGCGGAGAACAUGCGGAUCAAGCUCCCUCAUCUGAUCAGAGCUGUUCGCGGAGCUGGGCUAAUAGUGUCCUGGGUGAGCGAUCCGAUGCAUGGGAACACCAUGAAAGCCCCCUGUGGGCUCAAGACCCGGUCCUUUGACGCAAUCAGGGUAUGGCUCUUCUCAAUCCUUAGUUUAGUGCUCUGUAUCUAACCAAUUUCUAUCUAAGUUUUUCUGUAGAAGGUAUAUCCCCUUAAAGCUAAGAUCAAUUGCUUGAGCUAGCUGCAGUCAUUUACAGAUUCUUUCUGACUGACCGACCGACCUUCCUAAUAAGAAACAUGAGUUUGAGCUCGCAUGACAUAUAGUUUGCUCUGAGUUUGUAGAAUGUUGUUCUCAAGUUAUGUUAACAACCUCCUAUCUGAUGACUAAUUCUCCCUCUCUACAUGCCAUGGCUACCACAGUCGGAGCUCAGGGCCUUCUUCGACGUCCAUGACCAGGAGGGCAGCCACCCAGGUGGAGUCCACCUGGAGAUGACCGGUCAGAACGUCACAGAGUGCAUUGGGGGGUCAAAGACGGUGACCUUUGACGACCUGAACUCGCGGUACCACACACACUGCGACCCCCGGCUCAAUGCCUCCCAGUCGCUGGAGCUGGCCUUCGCCAUUGCCGAGAGGCUCCGGAGACGGCGGAUCAGGUCGUGGGGGAAGUCCGCCUUUGCUCGAGUGCCAGAGGGCGCCACCGCCUAG